UUCAGAAAAACAUGAAAGCAGUCUGCGAAAAGAACUAGAGUAGAUUGAAUUUGCAGAUUUUUAAAAAUUUGAAAUAAAAUUUAAAAUAUUUAUUUUAAUUCUAACAUUAAUUUAAAACUACUAAUGAAGUGUUAAAGACUACGACUUUAAAGUUCCUUAAUAAAUAAAUGAGAAUGUAAAUUAGUUUGGCAAUUAAGUUUAAACAAUUCUGACCAAAUUAAAAAAAUGUUGUUAUAGUAUUAAUACAGUAGUUUGAAGAUCUUUUUCACCUCUUGCUUCUUAAUGCUGUCCUUUGGGCCUUUUUACUGAGUGCAAGAAAAGCAUAAGAGACGAAAACAGUUGCUGACAAAAUAAAAAUAAAUAAAAUUUGGUGCCGUUACAUUCCCGGUGGGAACCUUUGUUUAGGUGUUGUGGUUUUAGGGGACGGUUUUUAACGGCGCAACAUGGACUUUAACUGGUUAAUUGUUUUUGAUUUAGCCCGCUAGCUUCCCUGGGAAAUACUUGCUGUUGUUCUCGUAAUUGUGAGCGAUGUAAGGGGUUUUAGCGUACUGGAACAUUCUCCCUAAUGUAAACUCUUCAGUCUUUGUCUGAUUUCCGGUGGAGUCUUUAAAAAAAGAUGCUUUUCAUUAACGGGGCUAACGUUAGCUGGCCGGCUAACACGGUUUUGGUAACAAACAUGACGAUGGCGGUGAUGCUGAAGAUGAUGAGGAGGAGCUGCGUGUAGAAAACACCGACCAGACAUUGGAUCGCGCCGAUUUCCUGCUUGUCAAUCAUUGUUCUCCAGGGUUUUUCUGUCUUUGUGUCUGGCUAGCCAGUAAACAGGACUUAACACCAGUUUUUUUUAUUUAUAAGAAAUCAUCCGGCUGUUUUUAUCUUUGGAGCAGUGAGGUGAACCUCCGUCACUUUCUUCCAAUGGGGGAGGAAAAGCCGGACACGCUGGACUUUGUGAAGGAUUUCCAGGAGUAUCUCAGCCAGCAGACUCAACAUGUCAACAUGAUAUCAGGCUCUGUGAGCGGGGUCAAGGAGGUGGACGAGCUGCCAGCAGAAUGUAGCCAGAAUGGCCUGGAACAUCCUUCAGUGGACAUAUCCCUGGAGGACAGCUCAGGGAUCCUGGUUGAUGGUUUCGAGAGGACCUACGAUGGCAAACUCAAGUGCCGCUACUGCAACUAUGCCACAAGAGGAACAGCCCGACUCAUUGAACACAUCCGCAUUCACACAGGAGAGAAGCCUCACCGCUGCCAUCUGUGCCCAUUUGCCUCCGCCUAUGAGCGCCACCUGGAAGCUCACAUGCGCUCUCACACGGGCGAGAAGCCUUACAAAUGUGAGCUCUGCUCGUUCCGCUGCAGCGACCGCAGCAACCUGUCGCACCACCGCCGCAGACGGCACAAACUCCUGCCAAUGAAAGGUGCUCGCUCCCUGUCCCAUAAGAAGAUGCUGAGUGUCCUGCAGAAGAAGGCCAGCUCUCUGGCCUACGGUCGACGUCUCCUCAUCAACUUCAGCCCCCCGUCGAUGGUGGUGCACAAAGCUGACGGGGCGAAUGACUUCUCCCACGAGCUGCCCCACUUGCGCCAAGAAACCUUUGAUAACCAGAGCCGGGCGGCGGAGGACGGGCUCUCCUCUGACCCAAACCACCACCACCACCAUGAGAUGGUGAUGGAUAACCCCCUGAACCAGUUGUCUACCCUGGCAGGCCAGCUGGCCAGCCUUCCCUCAGAAGCCCAGGCCCAGACCCAGGCUCCGAUGUCUCCAGGAGCAGAGUCCGUAGUGGACGAAAAGCCCUUCCUCAUCCAGCAGCCGCACCCCGCCACCGCUCCUGUUGUCAUCACGGCCAGCAUGACUCGCGCCGCUUCCUCUUCCCCGAUCACGCCGGAGCCCCGCGCCCCUCCACACAGUAACUGCAGUCCCACGGGCGGACCGUGCAGCGAGCACAGCGGGCGCACCAGCACCCCGAGCAUAUCCAACAGCCAGCCCAGCACCCCGGCCCCGGGCCAGUCCGCCCCCAUUCAGGACCCCCACGUGCUGCAUCACUGCCAACACUGUGACAUCUACUUCCCCGACAACAUCCUCUACACCAUCCACAUGGGGUGCCACGGCUACGAGAACCCAUUCCAGUGCAACAUCUGCGGCCACAAGUGCAAAAGCAAGUAUGACUUUGCCUGCCACUUCGCUCGGGGGCAGCACAAGUGAUCAAAGAACGGGGAAAAAACUCUUGAGAACUCUUUUAGCACACCGCUUGUUUUUACUUACUAGGAAUUUUAUUUAUUGGUCUUUUCACUUGACCUGUAUGUAGCAUAGGCUUUUAAAGUUACACUUGCACAGGGCAGCGUUGGCAUUCAGAACAUUAUUUUUUAGGUAUAGCUAAAGGUGGCCCGUUCUACUGUAUUACAACGGAAUAAUCAGUGUUUUUGACAUCUCAAGAAUUUAUUUGCGGUGGUGGUAGAAGUCACAUUUAUUCUGGAUCCAUUUCUCUUUAUGGUUUAUUUAUUUGGAAUGCACUGGAUUUGACUCAAAUUUACAUAUAUGGAUGCAUUUUCCCAAAUAUUCAAUCAGUUUUCUAUGUUGAAUUUUAAUCAUACAACGUUUUAAUUAAUUUGUGAACAGAAAAUUACAUCAAGUUGAAAGUCACCUGUGCUUAAUGGAGCAACAUGAUUUUUCCAGCUUAUAGUUUUAAAUUUGCACUCAACACCUUUUCCUUUUUUGAAAAACUCAGUGCCCAUCAGAGGUUUACAUGUAGCUUUGUAUGAAUGUCUUUGAUUUUGGGUGUUUCAUUUCAACGAUUUAAUGAUUCAUUUGAACACUUCUCCACAACGGAUUUAUUAUAAAACACGAAAAUUUAGUCAACUUCAGAAACACAAAUUGGGUCCACACUGUAAUGUUUACUGUGGUCAAAUUAUAUAUACAGUCUCAUAUAUGAACACACUCCAAAUAAUAUGUAUUUUAAUGUCCAAUACUGCUUGCCAGGCCCAGUUCUGGCUGAAAUUCUUGCUACUGUUCGUGUCAGGAUUGAUUGUUUUAAUUUUUUGCUUUUCUGUUUUAAAUGCUGCUUUAAAAGAUUGUCCACAAAUUUAGAGUUGAGGUCUUGUUUUGAACAUCUAUCCAGAAGAAAUAAGUUUUAAAGAUUCUGAAACCAUUUUUUAAUAGAAUAUUUAAGAUCAUCAUAAUGUUGAAAAAACAAAAAACAGUUUUGGCAAAAUUUUAAGCGUCUGAGCUAAGUCAGCAUCACCGAUGGCUCCGCCAGUUUGAAAUUUGCUCAAAGAUAAAUGAACUUUUGCAAUUUAGAAAGAAAACUGUCCAUUUUUCAGCCAGGACUGGACCUAAAGAAAGUAUGUCCAUGACUGCAAAAAGUGCAUCAACUUGCUGCAGCAUAUACAUCUAAUUUUGACAUUAUUUGUAUUAGAAAACACUACACUUGAAACGUUGUUUUUUUUAAAUUCACUGUCGUUUUGUAAUCAUUCCACUUUGGGAAAAAAAACUGUUCAGCUAAACCAUUAACUGCCUUAUUUGAGGUGUGUGCCUGUGUUUAGUGCUUGUAAACAUCUGACUUGGCACCGAACAAAUCAGGCGAUCCGGUUUUAUAUUUUUACAUCUUUGACAACACCGCAAAAAUAAAUUCUCCACUCACCCAAAGUUACUUCUACUUACUUCUCAGAUAUUUGCAGUUGGCCUUAUUGAAGCCGUGUUGAAAUUAUUUCUGUGCUUGGUGCAUUACUACGAUUUCUUUGCAGUGCCUGACAUUGUCACCUUUUUUGUGUCAAAAGUUUGAGACGACUGUCAUUUUAAAAUAACCAUUUCCUGUUCUUAUUAUAGCAGCUAGACCCAGAACCUUAUGGAUAACAGAAGAGUCGGUUGUUGCGGUUUGAUUGUGGUUGCCGUGAUUGUAUUUCUCAACAUUUUACUGGCCAAAAUUUCUUCUCCAUGAAUGCUGCUAACUAACCUAAGAGUUUAUGCCAGCUCUGUCUGGAACAAGAAAGUGGCAUCAGCAGUGAAACCUGGCCAAAGCUUGUAUAAGAAGGCUUUUGGUCAGGAAGUGUUUUAAGGUUCCUCCAUCAUGAUGGCGUGGUUAACUUGUUUCUUUUAAGUCAUUUUGUCAGAAUUUAAUAAUUUUUUUUUUGACAGCAUCAUGUCAUUGUCUGACUUUUUCGACAGUGUAUGAAGUCAUUUUGUAACAAGUGUCUCCGUAUUUAAAUACAAAAUCAAACUCGUGUCUCAUAUGAACACUGUUUCAGGAUUGCCACGUAGCACGAUCUAGCCUUUGGUAGUUCUCAAUGAAAUCGUUCAUUAAAUAUAAGUAUCCCAGUGCUUUUUACUUUGAAUAUUUAUUGAGUAUUAUAUUCUGAAUGGUUGGAUAGAUGUUCCAUGUCAAAAAAAAAAAAGCUUAACUGUGUUGGCUGAAAGACUUCAGCGAGGUUGUCCUUUGUCUUGGGUACUGUUGUCUGUUGCUUACCAACACACGUAGAGGGUGUAGCUGCUGUUUUUAGAAGCACCACCUUGUUAUUGUUCCUAAAUUUAAUGGAGACAUUCAGUAAAAGGCUGCCUUAUGUUCUCUGUCUGUCGUAGAUUCAUGAAUGUUAAACUUCUGACCAUCUCCCUGAGCUGAAAUGGCAGAAGAGUUUCUUGUGAUAUGGAUUACUAAUUUAUAAGUAAAGUGUUUUCUAACUGACUUGAA